AUGUCUGAUUCCUCGAGAUCAAAACCAGAAAGACUGCCCAUCACAGUCGACAAGCCCACACCUUACACCUUCGACCUCAGCUACCUGACCGCCACGGACCCAAACCCCCUCCCCAGCACCACCAGCCUACUCGCCGAAUCUCUCUCAGACCGCAACCAAACCCUGCAGACGAUCGCUCGAGAUGGAGCCCAAUCACUGCUCACGGCCCUUCUAACGACCUGCGCCAUCACAUCAACGCCCGACGGCGUCACAAUGACACUCCCACACUCGAGCACGCCGCUCCCACGGUGGAAACCGCUCCCCAAGCCCAAACAACCCACGACAUGGGAGAAGUUCGCACGCAAAAAGGGCAUCGGCAAGUUCGCGGGUAGCGCGAAAGGCGGCGCGGUGCUGGAGGACCGGCGCAAGAACCUCGUCUACGACGAGGAGAAGGGCGAGUGGGUCAAGAAGUGGGGGUACAAGGGCAAGAACAAGUCCGGGGAGUCGGACUGGUUGGUCGAGUUGGAUGACGAUACGGUGAAGCGGGAGGGCGAGGGUUUGGGUGGUGAGGGGAGGACGGUCAGAGGCGAGGGACGCAGGGAGAGGGUCGAGCGCAUCAGGCGCCAGGAUCGCAGGCAGCGGAAUAAUGAGCGGAAGGGGAGGAAGGGUGGGAAGGGGUGA